UGUCAAAGGUUCUACAACUCGACUGGAAAUGUCCUGUAUUUGUGAAUACUAUGCUGGCGGUGAAAAUAGCCAGACCGAUGGUGAUACCCUGGAGGAUCCCUCAUUGGAAACUCAUACUUCUGACGAGAAUGGUCCUGACCCCGCAAGCCCCACACUUGAAGGGGAGAGUGACUCAGAAGCCGGCAAUAACAGCUUGAAAAUUUCCGCUUCCGACCUGGCCGACUGUCGUGCCGAAAACUGGCUGCUGAAAAAAAAACUGCGGGAGUACGAGGUGACCAUUGAGAACCUGGAGCAGCUGGUGACCACCAUAGUGGAAAAGCAGCACCAGAUCCUGAGCGAGAUGUUCCAUCUGCGCAAGGAGAACCGGGAGCUGCAGUCCGAGUGCCACAUGCAGCGCGAGUACCACUCCAUGGAGCGGAACGCUCUAAUGAGGGAGCUUCACGACCUCCGUACUUUGCCCAGCAACAGGAGGCUAGCCUCGGAGUGCCUUUCGGGCAACGAAAAUGCGGAAUCUGGUGACGACGAUGAGGAGGAGUACUCCAGCGGAGGCGAAAGUGACGGCCAGACCGGCUACGACGAGCGGAGCCGGAGUGAUGACAGCGGAUCGGAUGCCGAUGAGGACUUGGCAGCUCCAUGCUCCACUUCAGGGACCUCCGGCAGGAGUUCGGCCUCAUCAGUUGCCUCCGGAGCAACGGGCUCCGACUUGGAUGAAGACUCUGAAGAUGAUGAGGGAAGCGCCAGAAGUUCCAGCGACUCAGAUUAAUAAAAGAAUUACACUUGAAGAAUUAUAUUUAUUACAAGCACCGACCUAUUAAAGAUGUAAGUCAAAAACUUG